UGGCGGCGUACCCAUUCAGGAAGUUGAACGAGAACAGCGCGUUGUGGUUGUGUACAUGCUUCAAACUCUUCUCACUUAUGCCGAAUAAAAAGUAAAGGUGAUCGAGAUGGCCACCAUGGAGAAACAAACCCCCUCUAAAAAGGUUGCAGCGCCUUCGGUCUCUCAGAUAAAUGCAGAAUAUGUCACGCAGUUGGCCAAUAAAUAUUGGGCUCCUCAUGUCAAAAAUAAACUACCCUUUGACCCUAAGGUGAUGGAAGAUAUCUAUGAAAAAGAGAUUCUCUCUUCUAAAUUUGCCAUCAGAAAAAUUAUGCUGCUUGAGUUCAGUCAGUACCUGGAAAACUAUCUUUGGGUGAAUUACACACCUCAAGUGUCUAGCAAAGCCUUUUUGAUGUCCAUUUGUUGCAUCGUCAAUGAGAAGUUCAGAGAGAAUGUCCCAGCUUGGGAGGUAUUCAAAAAGGAGCCCAGUCAUUUCCCAUUCUUCUUCAAAUGUGUAAUGGAAGCUGUGUUGUCAGGGGAUGAGACUGGUCUUACUCUGAAGGAACAAACCGUGCUUCUGGUCUUCCUGGACCAUUGCUUCAACAGUCUGGAGGUUGAUUUGAUCAGAGAACAGGUACAGCAGCUCAUCUCUCUUCCUAUGUGGAUGUGCCUCCUACCAUCUAGACUCCAGCACGAGCUGAAGAAAGUCCCAAAGCUGCAGAAGUUCUGGAAUCUAAUCAAGAAGAAAUUUGACAAGUUGGAUGCUGAUGCAGCUGAGCUGGCAACCAAAGAGAGGACCUUCCUCUCAACUCUCAUUAAAAAGUUUCUUGGUGUUCUCAUGUCAAUUCCACCAUCAGGGCCUUUAUCGAUGGACAAAGUGCAUUACUGUGAGAGAUUCAUUGAGCUUGUGAUUGAUUUGGAGGCACUCCUGCCCACCAGGCGCUGGUUCAGCACCGUACUGGAUGACUCCCACCUGGUGGUCUGCUGCCACCUCUCCGGUCUCACCAAAAGGGAGAGCGAGGGACAUCUCUUCUGUCAGCUUCUUGACAUGCUGAAGUUCUACGCUGGUUUUGAGAUCAAUGACCAGACAGGAAACGCUCUGACUGAGAAAGAGAUGACCACUUUACAUUAUGACAGAAUCAUCUCACUGCAGAGGGCAGCCUUUUCUCAUUUCCCAGAGUUGCAUGACUUUUCCUUGGCCAAUGUGGCAGCAGUGGACACUCGAGAAUCCUUGACCAAACACUUCGGACAUCUCAGUCCCAAUAUGCUCCACCAGGUGGCCUCGUAUCUGUGUUUGCUGCCAGAGCUGCAUGAAGGGCAAGAUACCACCACCGAGAAGGAGUUUCUCCUCGAGUUGCUAGUGUCACGUCAUGAGCGCAGAAUCUCUCAGAUUGAGCAACUGAACCAGAUGCCCCUUUAUCCAACAGAGAAGAUAAUCUGGGAUGAAAACAUCGUCCCAACAGAGUACUACUCAGGCGAAGGCUGCCUAGCUCUACCAAAGCUGAAUCUCCAGUUCCUGACUCUCCACGACUACCUGUUGAGGAACUUUAACCUCUUUCGUUUGGAGUCCACGUAUGAGAUCAGACAGGACAUAGAGGAUGUGGUUUGGAGAAUGAAGCCAUGGCAAUCAGAGUAUGGUGGAGUGGUGUUUGGAGGAUGGGCUCGGAUGGCUCAGACGAUCACCUCCUUUUCCAUAGUGGAGGUUGCCAAACCAAACAUCGGCGAGAGCUGGCCUGCUCGCGUACGAGCUGAUGUCACGAUUAACCUCAAUGUACAAGAUCAUAUCAAGCACGAGUGGGAAGGCCUGCGGAAGCACGACGUUUGCUUCCUGAUCACAGUUCGGCCCAUCCUGCUCUACGGCACGCGCUUUGACCGGCGCCAGUCGUUUGUGGAUCAGACUGGCCUGGUGUACGUGAGAGGCUGUGAGGUGCAGGGCAUGCUGGAUGACAAGGGGCGCGUCAUCGAGGAAGGACCUGACCCAAAGCCCAAGCUUCGAGGAGACACCAGAACGUUCCGCGUAUGGCUAGACUCCAACCAGUACCAGCAGGACAUGACCAGCAGUAUUCAGACUGGCACCGAAGACCCUUAUGACACUUUCAACAUCAUCAUGAGACGCAAGCCCAAGGAGAAUAAUUUCAAGGCGGUGCUUGAGACCAUCAGAAACCUGAUGAACACAGAGUGUGUCGUCCCAGACUGGCUUCAUGACAUUAUCCUCGGCUACGGUGACCCGGGCAGCGCACACUAUUCCAAGAUGCCCAAUCAGAUCUCCACGUUGGACUUCAAUGACACUUUCCUGUCCCUUGACCACUUGCGAUCAAGUUUCCCUGAUAACACCAUCAAGGUCAUGGAGGAGAACAGUGAGCUCCAAGUCCCUCCAUUCAGAAUCAAGUUUCCCAUCUCAAACAAAACAGACCAGGGGAAGAAAAGAAAGGCUGGUGAAGCUUUGGAAGACAAAGAGGAAGACAAGACCCUGAUUGUUGAACCGUAUGUCACCCCCAACCGUGGGCCAUACCCCUACAACCAGCCUAAACGGAAUACAAUUCAGUUCACACCAACCCAAAUUGAAGCCAUCCGAGCCGGAAUGCAACCAGGACUGACCAUGGUCGUAGGACCACCUGGCACUGGGAAGACGGAUGUUGCCGUUCAGAUCAUCUCAAACCUCUAUCACAACUUUCCUGAGCAGAGGACUCUCAUUGUCACGCAUUCUAACCAGGCUUUGAACCAGCUGUUUGAAAAGAUCAUGGCUUUAGACAUAGACGAGCGCCACCUUCUGCGUCUGGGCCACGGAGAGGAGGAGCUGGAGACAGAGAAGGACUUCAGCAGAUAUGGAAGAGUGAACUAUGUCCUAGCGAGAAGACUGGAGCUUCUCAGAGAAGUGGGAAGAUUACAGGAGAGCUUGGACGUCCCCGGAGACGUGUCCUAUACCUGCGAGACUGCUGGACACUUCUACCUCUAUCAGGUGAUGUCCCGCUGGGAGGAGUACAUGAGCAAAGUCAAGCCCAAACAAGGGAAGGAGGUAAAAGUGGAAGAUGUUGCUGCACACUUUCCUUUCCAUAAGUACUUUUCCAACGCACCCCAGCCCGUUUUCAAAGGCCGUUCGUACGAGGAGGACAUGGACAUCGCAGAGGGCUGCUACCGCCACGUAAAGAAAAUAUUUACCCAGCUGGAGGAGUUUAGGGCCUUUGAGCUCCUGAGGAGUGGACUGGAUCGCUCCAAGUACCUUCUAGUCAAAGAGGCCAAAAUCAUUGCCAUGACCUGCACACACGCUGCACUCAAACGUCACGACCUGGUGGACUUAGGAUUUAAGUAUGACAACAUCCUGAUGGAAGAAUCUGCACAGAUUCUGGAGAUUGAGACCUUCAUCCCAUUACUGCUACAGAACCCAGAGGACGGCUACAGUAGGUUGAAACGAUGGAUCAUGAUCGGAGACCACCACCAGCUGCCCCCAGUCAUCAAGAACAUGGCCUUCCAAAAGUACUCAAAUAUGGAGCAGUCUCUCUUCACCCGAUUUGUACGUCUAGGGGUGCCAACUAUAGACCUGGAUGCACAGGGCCGAGCACGAGCAAGUCUUUGUAACCUCUACAACUGGCGCUACAAACACCUGGGGAACCUUCCCCAUGUCCAGCAGCAACCUGAGUUUCAGGUGCCCAACCCUGGCCUGACCUUUGAUUUUCAGCUGGUUAAUGUGGAAGACUUCAAUGGCGUGGGAGAAACUGAGCCCACCCCCUACUUUUACCAGAACCUGGGGGAGGCAGAGUACUCGGUGGCUCUCUUCAUGUACAUGCGUCUUUUGGGAUACCCUGCUGAUCGCAUCAGCAUCCUUACCACUUACAACGGACAGAAACACCUGAUCAGAGAUGUUAUCAACAAUCGCUGUGCUGGAAAUCUUUUCUUUGGCCAGCCUAACAAGAUUACAACAGUGGACAGGUUCCAAGGUCAACAGAAUGACUACAUCAUCCUCUCGCUGGUCCGCACCAAGGCUGUAGGACAUCUCAGGGAUGUGAGGCGUCUGGUGGUAGCCAUGUCGAGAGCCAGAUUGGGUCUGUACAUCUUUGCACGAGUGUCACUGUUCCAGAACUGCUUCGAGCUGACUCCUGCCUUCAACCAGCUCACGGCCAGACCACUGCAGCUGCACAUCAGGCCGCACGAGUACUACAACCAAGAACACCCUAGAGAUGAAUCUGGACAGGCCGACCAAGUCGUGAAAGGCAUGCCGGAGAUGGCAAACCUUGUGUAUAACACGUACAUGCACAUGAUGCAGACCUCCCAGAAGUACCGAGAGCAGCAGCAGCAGCAGAAACUGGAUCUGCCUCCGCAACAAAACAAAACAGAUGCUGUGGUUGAGAAAGCAACAGGAACAUCUGAAGAAACACCCAUGGAGCAGGACAACCCAGAAGUAGAGGCGAGCUGUGAGCCAAACACGAAGGACGCCGGCAAGAAGGAGGAAGAGAAGGAGGAAGAGAAGGAUGCAGUUAGCCAUGCGAAGAUGCCGGAGCAUCCGGGCAGAGACAGCGACAGUGACGGGGAGGACAGCGCCAACGAGCAGGAGCAGUAAAGCAUCCUCCAUGGGACUAUAUUUGGGGAUCAAGUGGAUUCCCUGUAGAAAAAUUGUGCUUUUAUGUUCUGAUUCCCUUUUUUCUACUGAACUGAGACCCUUUUGAUAAUGUUUCAUUAUUUUUUUCUUAAUACAUGUCAUUGUUGCCAGCAGUACUUUAUUAAAGACUAGAAAACCUUUCACUCUCAGUGACGAUGUUGCACUUUGUCUCCAAUCUUUCUAUCCCGCAGCCUACAGUCAACAUGCUGGGGAUUUGCUGUCAUCUCUCUGUUAUGAUGCUUCCAUCCAUUCACCUGCUUUCUUCCUCUGUGUUAAACACAACUCAAAUCUGUUUAGUUCAGCCUACACCAGCAACGCGAUCUGCAACUAAGCUGCAUUUGUAGGUCAGUCACUUUACCCAAGAGCCAGUGUUCAUGCUGGGGGAUUUCAGCUCGCCCUCUGGACGUAGAGUCACUCAACCAGCAACAGUAAAUCCUCCACCAUUCAUAUAUAUGUGUGCAGCACUAACAGCAUGGUGCUCUGCUGAGCAGGAAUGAGAUUUGCAGAAUAGAUUGAAGAAAAUUUCAGGAGGCUUAAUGUCUGAAAACAGCUGGGACAAAAGCAGAAUCUGAAACGGAACCUGCCUAUUUUAAAUGCAAACUAAAUAACUUAAGAGGUUACCCCAGCCUAAAACCCUUUAGGCAAUAACACAGACUGGAAAUGUAUUCAUUAUCACGCAACAGAAGUUAGUUGUUACAUCACAGAGCAGGUCGAUGGCACAGCUGCUCAAAAAAGAGCUCAUGGUGAACCAUGUGUUGAUGGAUGUGAACACACUUUAUUUUCAGUCAAGUAUGGUGCUAUUGCAUCUUCCUUUCCCCCUCUUAUUGUUGAAGUACAUAGUACUCUGGGUAAAGUUUUACUGGCAUGUUUUGAAGUAACUAGCUGUGCCUUUCUGUCCGCUGAGGAGCAGAUUAUAACAACCGGGUGGAUAAGAGAUUAUCUCUGCAGGCCGAGGCUGCAACUGAAAUACUGACAGCCACAGAGUAGAAAAAGAAUACAAUGCAUCAUAAAACUUCAGCAUUUAUACUUAUAUAAGUUUAAUAUGGCAAUAAAUGCAGGUCGGUUUGAAAUGUGGACAUACCGCAAGAGUCGAGCACCAAAUGUCAUCAGCUUCAGAUCCCAUGACAUGAGCAUACUUCUUGAGUCACAUGAAUGUCUGUAUUGUGCAAUUCCCUCCCUCCUGUUGAGCCUUUUCCUGUUGCCUUUCUGCUUUCUCACAACUGGCCUCGUGAGGAUUCAGUUGUCUGUGUUACCUUGUUGUAGUAAAUUAGAGCUAACUGGUGGGAAGUGGCUACAGCUCAUACACAUCAUCUCUGGAAGUCUCCAGCAGGAUCCGGGAGACUUGCCGCACGCAGGAAGAAAACCGGGUGCUCACCUCCUCCAGAACCUUUUCCUCUGCUGAAGACCAGGAUGGCUAGUUGUGGCUCAUGUUUGUGGUGCAUCCUAUGGCUAUUGGUACUGCUGGUCAUUGGAUGGCCCCUCAGCAUAACCUUAGGGGGUCUGUACGGCCUUAUCAGCCCCCUCACCACCUGCCUCGGCCUGGACAAGCUUUCUGAUUUACUUCUGGAGGGCGCCAACAUUGGCCGAACCUGUGCCAACAACAUGAGGCACAGCAAGCCCUUGUGUUGAGGGAUGGGGACCAGAUAACACGGAGCCCACAGCCACAACAAUGUUGCCUUUCUGAGGAGGAAAAGCUUCUUCACGUUGGGGAGAGAAAUCAAGAUGACUGGCAUUUAACACAAUGGAAACAUUUCUUGAAACUUAUGUAACAAAAAAGGUAAAGAAGGUCUGGGAAACGGAUUCAACUCUUACUGUUAACGCGCAAUUAACCUUGGAUUUCAAAUUUGUAUGGGUUUUUCAAGAAGAAAAUAGGCUUUGUGUUCACGGUCUGUGUUUGCUGUAUGCAUGCAGAAGAUAAGGAGCAAAACGGCAGUUUAACAAUGAAAAUACUUAGACUUUUAAAUGACUGUAUGGAAACUUAUAAUGCGAUUAAAACUGCUUUGAACUUGCCCUCUGUGUUUGCUGAUUGACUUAAAUGUAUACAGUGUUUGGUUGGGAAAUCCACAUUAUGAAAUGUUCAGGUGAAUAAAGAAAGAUGCAUAUGAGCUGUUUCAUCUGCCAGUUUUGUUUUGCCAGCUUGUGCAUUUUGUUUUCUUUCUUUUUGUGCACAUAUUUUGUCUGUAAUCAAUAAAGCAUUUUAAAAUGG